AGAAAACAUACAACGUACUGUCAGAUGAGCAGAGCAGACGCACACUAUAACCACAAACACAGCCACACAGAGAAGGAGUGUGUGCAAAUGCGUCCCGCUGACAAAGAUAGUAAAGGAAGGCACGAGCACCAGCAGAGGAAUCGUCACCAUAAGCAGCAGCAGCAACAGUGGUCUCUAACUGUUCACUUCUCACCUGGCUCACAGCUCAGAGAUGGGCUGUUCAUCCGGACGUCUGCCCUGUCAGCUUCCAGCCAGUGCACAGCUGCCAACACUGGACACUGACUCCAACCUAGCCCAAGAUGGAAGAGCACCCCCGACCACCCCUAAAACCCCAGAGAACCUGUCCACUCUGGAGCGGCUUACGCAGGCUACAGGUGGCACAGAAAAGUCUUGGUACCGCUGUGUGUUUCCCUUCGGAGUCAUUUCCCUGGUGAUAGGCAUGGCAGGCACAGGUGUCACCUUCACUUUCAACACACUGCUUCAAACUAAAGUAGUGUCUCUGGUGCUGCUGGUAGUUGGCUUUGUCAUGCUACUGGUGGCAGCUGCCUGUUGGAGGGUCCACAGGGCAAAGAGGAAGGAGAAGAAGGAAGGAGUUUUCUUCAGCGCUGAGCACGGCACACUAUGAGAUACUCUCCUGCUUACCUGCUUGACAGGAAAGUACUUAAUUUUUUAAGAUGUUUGUCUUUUAAUAGAAGAAACUUGGUCUUCAUAGAAGGUAUAAUUUGUAUUAGACAUCUUAAAGCAGCAUUAACAUCUGGCUAUGCUGGCAGCCCUUGUGGCAUAAGGAUAUAAACAACAAAAAGAAGUUUGAGAUUAGACCAUUCUGUGAAAUUUAUUUGACUUCUCCUUGCUGUAUUUCUGAGGACCUGUGUAACAAGAAUGUAGUUAGCUCUAUGUGAAUUUAAAAAUGGACCUCAAUCACAUCAAGGUCCCUUACAGUGCUGCAAGUGUCAUUUAUAUGUACUACUGUAGGCAAAAGUGCCAAAAACAGAGAUGGAAACAAACUUGAUUAGGGAAAGUAUGUGACAUGCUUAUUAGAAGGCAAGUAUUACCAGAAUAUAGAAGAGAGGAACUCUCUAACAAACUGACAGCUGGCCAGUGUAAGAAGAGAAAGAGGAAUGCUGAGGCCAAUACAUGCAACAAUGAGCAAGAAAAAUGAAGUUAUAUCUUCAAUGAGCAUAAGUUCUCUCUGAAGACUUAGAAUUAGAGAACACACUGAUCCUUAAUACAUUCAUUAUCUGCUCUACAUGCCUGAGAGGACUUUUCAGAGUGGUGAAGAUAUAAGCUAUAAGGUACUAUUUGCAUAGUUAUAUUUUUGGUGGUGUUGUUGAAAAGUAAAGUGUGUGUGCAUGAGUGUCCUCUCAUGUUCUUGCAUGUGUUUUUGCACAGUGUUUGUAAAAGCACUCAGGUAUUUGAGUGGGUUCUUACGUUGCUGUAAGAUCGAUAGCAGAAAGUGCUUUACCAUAAAAGACAUUAGUGGGUCUUUCUCUACUGCUAAACUUGGAAACCUCUAGAGAACUGGUGAUAACAGUCCUAUGAUUUGAAGUGUGUUACUUUCACAUCUUCGGUUAGUCAUGCUGUUGUGCACUGUGUUAUAUACUGAAUUAUUUUUCUUUCUGUCAACAAAUGAAUGUAUUACCAGCUUGAUAUAUUAUUAAAUAUAUUGUAAUAAAAAGUAAUUUUACUGUAUAAAAAAGAACAAACUGAAGGAGAAUGAUCAUAAGUCUCAUCUGUUCUUUAAGCAUAUUUUAGAUGAAUUUCUUUUUCUAUCUCCGUGAAAAGAAUGGAAGACUUUUAUAUCUAGUGUGUAUUCUAUCAGUGCCUGUUUUUUAUAUUCAGUAUUUUCUUAUCAGCUUUCACUAGUUGUUUCAGUGUUACAAUAGCAUCAGUGUUCUUUUAUAACAGCUCAUCGAUCUCAUGUCUAUUAAUAGCAUUACCACCAGAAAUAACAGUAGUGACGGGGAUACCUGUGCUUCACAGAAAUUGCCUUGGCUUGAGAAACAAGAAACAAAUAAUGUUUCUACCAUGUGCCCUCAGAUGUGUGCUGACAUUGUAGUGCCUGUCUAUGUCAUAUCUGCAGCUAUCAAGAAAUACUGGGAGAAAAAUGGAGGGGGAUAGGAAGCAAGAAUGAGAGAAGGAGGGAGGGGAAGCUGCUCUGAGAAUUCAUUGAUAAAAAAGCAGCCGGAAAUAGUCCUGCGUGUUUGGAAUACGAAUCAGAAGAAAACUAAAAACAUUAUGUGACAGUAUGCCUUACACACCUAUACAUGUCUUUUAUUGUGCACAAUAUUCAUAAUCCAUACAUUCAACAGUAUAUGCUCUUGUUUAUAUACAUUGUUUUGCUUUGAGUAUGUCUACAUGAGUGAAAUGGGAAUUAAUUCAGCACUGAGAUGUCUUCUCAUUUGCACCUCAAUUAUUAAAAACUAGCAAAAAUCUUAAGGCAGCUCUCCUAAAAGAGUGGCAUACAAGCUAUGAAUUCCACUCAUUUCCACAUACCAUGCACAUCAUGCUUUCUAUUCUGAAAAAAUAUCAGGUGUUUUAGGUGACUUUGGAAACUGCCAUAUGCUGAGGGAUUCAAGUAUAGGCUUCCUCAUUCAAAACAG